AUGCAGAGCAAUGGCCUCAACAGAAAGGAAGCGUUAACAAGGAUGAAUAUGCAGUUAGCUGCUGAAAAGCUGCAGCUAGGUAUUAGUGACGACAAUAUCGGACUCCAGUCCCCGUGUCGGUUGACAUUCAAUCCGGUAAGUGCGCCUGUCUGGACGACCCUUAUUGGGCCCAUCUGGACGUAUGAGGACGAUUCUAGUUUGGCCCAUCUGGAUGGUUGGACGUAUGAGGACGAUCCUAGUGAGGACGAUCCUAGUUAG